CAAGGGACUUUUCCUUGUCAAUAUCUGUCCUUCCACACUUCCAUUCAAUCUCCUCCCUCCCACCUCCACCCCAUCAUUCACACAUGCUAUAGGUUGGCUUGCUGCCUUUCUGAGGAGUGGCCCAUUAAUACCUCAGGGCCAAAGCCGGUGCCUGCCACUCUACUCUCUGCCUUCAGUCCAGCCAUCAUGACAGCAUUUUUCCCCGGCUUCCUGAUCUCUGUGCUGCUGCUUUUUCAGGAGCAGGGAGUUAAUGGGGUCCCUCCUCAGAUGAGAGGUGUCCAAUGUAGGACAAGACCUACAGACCUGCUCUUCAUCAUUGACAGUUCCCGAAGUGUGCGCCCCAAUGAAUUUGAGCAAGUCAAGGUCUUCUUGUCCAAGGUCAUUGAGUCACUUGAUGUGGGACCAAAUGCUACACGGGUUGGCGUCAUCAACUACGCCAGUGCAGUCAAGAAUGAAUUGUCCCUCAAGACUCACCGUACCAAGGCCAGCCUGCUGCAAGCUGUUCGCAAGAUCGAACCACUCUCCACUGGGACCAUGACAGGCCUGGCUAUCCAGUUUGCAAUCAACAGAGCAUUCAGUGAGGUCGAAGGCGCCCGAGUGAGAUCUCCAGAGAUUAACAAGGUAGCCAUUGUAGUGACAGAUGGACGCCCCCAGGAUGGGGUGAAGGAUGUGUCAGCGAGGGCCCGAGCUCUUGGGAUUGAAAUUUUUGCCAUUGGCGUGGGCCGUGUCGACAUGCACACUUUGCGGCAGAUGGCCAGCCCACCUCUGGAUGAACAUGUGGAUUAUGUGGAGAGCUACAGUGUCAUUGAGAAGCUGACCAAGAAGUUUCAGGAGGCAUUCUGCGCUGUGUCAGACCUGUGUGCCACUGGAGACCACGAUUGCCAGCAGAUCUGUGUCAGUACAGGGGCUUCUUAUACCUGUGCAUGUAAAGAGGGGUUCACGCUUAACACUGAUGGAAAAACCUGCAGUGCCUGCAGUGGAGGAGGCGCCACGGACCUUGUCUUCCUGAUUGAUGGGUCAAAGAGUGUGAGGCCAGAGAACUUUGAGCUGGUGAAGAGGUUCAUCAACCAGAUAGUGGAUUCCUUAGAUGUGUCGGACAGGAAUGCACAUGUGGGCCUGGUCCAGUAUUCUAGUUCAGUAAGGCAGGAAUUUCCACUGGGGCAAUACAAGAACAAGAAGGACAUCAAAGCAGCAGUGAGAAGGAUGUCUUACAUGGAGAAAGGCACCAUGACUGGCCAAGCUUUGAAAUUCCUAGUGGACAGUUCCUUUGCCAUCUCCAGCGGUGCAAGGCCUGGAGUCCCCAAGGUAGCAAUUGUCUUCACUGAUGGCCGGUCACAAGAUUACAUCAAUGAUGCUGCCAAGAAAGCCAAAGAACUAGGUUACAAGAUGUUCGCUGUUGGAGUAGGCAAUGCUGUUGAAGACGAACUUAAAGAAAUUGCCUCAGAUCCGGUGGGAGAGCAUUACUUCUACACUGCCGAUUUCAGAACCAUCAAUCAAAUUGGAAAGAAACUACAAAGUAAAAUCUGUGUUGAAGAAGAUCCAUGCGAAUGUGAAGCCAUUGUGAAGUUCCAGACAAAGGUAGACAACCUCAUAAAGGCACUGACACGGAAACAUAUCCUUUGA